AUGGAACCAAAAGAAAACGCUGAGUACUUGAAACAAGAAUACUGGAAUGAAAGAUUUACAAAGGAAGAUCAUUAUGAGUGGCUUGUAAGCUACAAAGAUUGCAAGCAGUAAUUCUAAGAAGCUCUUCCUGAGGAUAAAAUGCACAGAAUGCUAAUCAUAGGUUGCGGAAACUCCUCUUUAGGCUAUGACUUAUGGGCAGAUGGCUACCAUAAUAUUGAUAAUAUAGAUUAUGCUGAGAGUGUAAUUUAAAAAAUGAAGGAUAAGUACAGUGAAGGUGGUGAAUGUAGUGAACUUAGAUGGGAGACUAUGGACAUGAUGAAUAUGACUUAUGAGGAUGGGACUUUUGAUGUUGUUAUUGAUAAGGCCACAAUGGAUGUAGUCAUGACUGACAAUUAGGAUCCAUGGAAUCCAAGUGAAGAAGUAUCUGAGAGAGCUAUAAAGACGCUCUAAAAUGUUUUCAGAGUCUUGAAAAAGGACGGAAUGUUCAUCCAAAUUUCUUUUGAUUAACCACACUUUAGAAAGAAGUUCUUGCUUGACUCUUAAUUUAACUGGGAAUUCUCUUAAAAGAAUAUCGAUCAUGGAUUAGGCUACUUUAUCAGGUGCUACAAUAACAGGCUUACUACCCUUGAUAUCCCAACAUCUAAAAAGCGAAAUUAGCAAGUUAUCGCAAAGUCCGUUUGCUAGUUUGGCUAAGGUGUUUGCUGA